GNCGCCUCCCCCCGCCCCCCCGCGCCGGGCGGAGCCGGAGCCGAGCGGAGCCGGUGCCGGGGCGGCUCAUUGCGGCGCGCCGCGGCGGCAGCAUGGCCACCACCGUGCCCUGCACCCGUUUCACCGACGAGUACCAGCUCUACGAGGAGAUCGGCAAGGGAGCUUUCUCGGUCGUCCGGCGCUGCGUCAAGCUCUGCACCGGCCAUGAGUACGCCGCGAAGAUCAUCAACACCAAAAAGCUCUCAGCCAGAGACCACCAGAAGCUGGAGCGCGAGGCGCGGAUCUGCCGGCUGCUCAAGCACUCCAACAUCGUGCGGCUCCACGACAGCAUCUCCGAGGAGGGCUUCCAUUACCUCGUCUUUGACCUGGUGACGGGCGGAGAGCUCUUUGAGGACAUCGUGGCACGGGAGUACUACAGCGAGGCCGACGCCAGCCACUGCAUCCAGCAGAUCCUGGAGGCUGUCCUGCACUGUCACCAGAUGGGGGUGGUCCACAGGGACCUCAAGCCCGAGAACCUGCUCCUGGCCAGCAAGUGCAAAGGGGCAGCAGUGAAGCUGGCAGACUUUGGCCUCGCCAUCGAGGUGCAGGGGGAUCAGCAGGCCUGGUUUGGAUUUGCUGGCACACCUGGCUACCUGUCCCCCGAGGUGCUGCGCAAAGAGGCCUAUGGCAAACCAGUGGACAUCUGGGCGUGUGGGGUCAUCCUGUACAUCCUGCUGGUGGGCUACCCGCCGUUCUGGGACGAGGACCAGCACAAACUCUACCAACAAAUCAAGGCUGGGGCCUACGAUUUCCCUUCGCCCGAGUGGGACACGGUCACGCCCGAAGCCAAAAACCUCAUCAACCAGAUGCUGACCAUCAACCCCGCCAAGCGCAUCACAGCCCACGAGGCCCUCAAGCACCCGUGGGUCUGCCAACGCUCCACCGUGGCCUCCAUGAUGCACAGGCAGGAGACAGUGGAGUGCUUGAAAAAGUUCAACGCCCGGAGGAAGCUCAAGGGUGCCAUCCUCACCACCAUGCUGGCCACCAGGAACUUCUCAGUGGGCAGACAGACCACCGCUCCUCCCACCAUGUCGGCGGCCGCUGCCGGGGCCCCCCUGGGGCUGGUGGAACAAGCAGCUAAGAGCUUACUGAACAAGAAGGCGGACGGCGUGAAGCCCCAGACCAACAGCACCAAAGGCAGUGCCGGCGUCACCAGCCCCAAGGGGACCCUCCCACCCACUGCUCUGGAGCCUCAAAGUACCGUAAUCCAUAACCCCGGGGACGGCGCCAAGCAGGAGUCCUCCGACAGCACCAACACCACCAUUGAGGACGAGGACACCAAAGCCCGCAAGCAGGAGAUCAUCAAGAUCACGGAGCAGCUCAUCGAGGCCGUCAACAACGGCGACUUCGAGGCCUACGCGAAGAUCUGCGACCCGGGGCUCACCUCCUUUGAGCCCGAGGCACUGGGCAACCUGGUGGAGGGGAUGGACUUCCACCGCUUCUAUUUCGAGAACUUGCUCUCCAAGAACAACAAGCCGAUCCACACGACCAUCCUGAACCCGCACGUGCACGUCAUCGGCGAGGACGCGGCGUGCAUCGCCUACAUCCGCCUGACGCAGUACCUGGACGCGCAGGGCCGGCCGCGCACCAGCCAGUCCGAGGAGACGCGCGUGUGGCACCGCCGCGACGGCAAGUGGCAGAACGUGCACUUCCACGGCUCGGGGGCCCCCGUGGCCCCGCUGCAGUGAAGAGCUGGCGGUGGCUGUCCUGGUUCCAGCCCGACGGAGACGGCGAUGGGAGCCGAGCGGCAGCCGGAGCUGCGGCCCCCCCGAAGCACGCGUCCGCAUGCCUGUCCCCCCCCUUUUACCCCAGCCCCUGCUCCCCCUCCCUCCUCCGGUGCCUGUGUUUGCAGAAAACAAAAAGACAAAAAAAAAAAAAAAAAAAAAAAAAGAAAAAAAGGGGGAAAACCCACCCCGAUCCCAAACCCCCACCCACACCCCCAAACCCAACCCAGCCACUCGGCCACAGGCGAGGGCGCUGGGGGGCUCAGCCCCCCCCCUUGGCCCGUCUCUGCUGGGGGGGAAGGGGGGUCCCGGCCCCCCUCCCGGCUGUGCUCGUGGCGUGUUGCUGUCGCUGGUGGUGGAUGUUGUUCUUUGGGCUCCGCUUUGCUCUGUCCUGCCCCAGCCCCUGUACAUAGAGAGAGCUAUUUAUUUUUGAAUUCCCACGGGGGUCCCCAGCAUCGGGGGGCUGCCAGGGGGUGAGCGAGGUGAGGGGGGGGACACACACACACACACACACAGAGACUCUCUCCCCUCCAGCCCUGCCCUGGGAGCGCUGAGCCUGGGCACUGCCAGGCUCACCCUGCAGGGGCAGCCCCAUGUCCCCAGCACCCCCUGCCACAGGUGCCAGCUCGGGGUGCCGGCAGGAUUUGGCAGGGGGGACGUGGGUGCCACGUCAGGGGGCAGCCGGGGGGUGCUGGGGCCGGGGGUGGGGGGCUCAGGACGAUCCAGCCAGCACUGACGCAGCAUCGAAAGCACUUUAGACUAAGAGAAUGGGUCUCUUAGGGGGCACAGGCUGCUCCGCCGGGCACCCCCAGCUCGGGGGGCACCGGCAGCACACCCUGCACCCCCCUCCCACGGCCGGCGCUCGGGGGGACCCGGCCCCCCCAGCCCCCCGACCCCGGGGAGGCUUCGCUCCACUCCAGGCACUCCCCAGGGCAUCCCCACCACGCUGAGGGCUGGUUUUGGCUGGGGGGGAGGGGGGGGGCGGGGGACAUUAAUUAUUUUUUAAUUAUUCCGAUGAUUUCUCUGCAUGCCCUUUGCGCGGGAGCAACCCUCGGGCGCUAACGCUGUAUGUUGAGGAGCUGAGCUGUUCCUGUCCCAUGAAUGCUGGUGGAUCGUUGCCAAAAUUUUUCUCCUUCCUCCCC